CAUGAGAGCCAGACCAAAGCUCAGAGGAACCAACCUGGACCUACACCUAGCUGUGUGUCCUUACAGAGCAGCGACUCUAAAUAUCACUACGUUGAUUUUAAAGCCCAGCAAGCGUCUGCUGCAGAGAGAGUUGACCGGGAGAGCUCAAAGAUUCCCAGCGGUCAGUCUUCCCAGCAGCAUCAAACAGAUCUGAACCCUAUAUUUAUGGUCCUGCAGGACAACAUCAUCACUUUUGUGAGAAACGAACUGGAGAGGAUACAAAAGGUUCUAAGCUCAGAUAACUCAGAAUACUUGCAAUGUCAAGGGGGUUGUGCGGAUGUUUUGGAAGAUGAGGAUGAAGAGCAGAGGAGGAGCACCAAAGAGGCAUUUGUGAAGAUCACACUGCACUUCUUAAGGAGAAUGAAGCAGGAGAAGCUGGCAGCCAAUCUAAAGACCAGAACUUCCAUUAGGAACUGGCAUUGGAGUCAGCAUGAACUUAAGUCAAACCUGAAGAAGAAGUUCCAGUGUGUGUUUGAGGGGAUUGCUAAAGCAGGAAAUCCAACCCUUCUGAAUCAGAUCUACACAGAGCUCUACAUCACAGAGGGAGGGACUGCAGAGGUCAAUGAUGUGCAUGAGGUCAGACAAAUUGAAAAAGCAUCCAGGAAACCAGACAGUCUAGAAGCAAUAAUGAGACAAGAAGAUGUCUUUAAAGCCUCACCUGAAAGAGAUGGAACAAUCAGAACAGUGCUGACAAAGGGAGUGGCUGGCAUUGGGAAAACCGUAUCAACUCAGAAAUACACCCUGGACUGGGCUGAAGACAAAGCCAACCAGGACAUCCAGUUCAUAUUUCCAUUCACCUUCAGAGAGCUGAAUGUGCUGAAAGAGGAAAAGUUCAGCUUGGUGGAACUUGUUCAUUACUUCUUUAAAGAAACCAAAGAAGCAGGAAUCUGCAGCUUUGAAGACUUCCAGGUUGUGUUCAUCUUUGAUGGUCUGGAUGAGUGUCGACUUCCUCUGGACUUCCACAAAACUGCAAUCCUAACUGACCCUAGAAAGUCGACCUCAGUGGAUGUGCUGCUGAUAAAUCUCAUCAGGGGGAAACUGCUUCCCUCUGCUCGCCUCUGGAUAACCACACGACCUGCAGCGGCCAAUCAGAUCCCUCCUGGAUGUUUUGACAUGGUGACAGAGGUCAGAGGGUUCACUGAUCCACAGAAGGAGGAGUACUUCAGGAAGAGAUUUAGGGAUAAAAAGCAAGCCCACAGAAUCCUCUCCCACAUCAAGACAUCACGAAGCCUUCACAUCAUGUGCCACAUCCCAGUCUUCUGCUGGAUCACUGCUACAGUUCUGGAGGAUGUGCUAAAAACCAGAGAGGGAGGACCACUGCCCAAGACCCUGACUGAGAUGUACAUCCACUUCCUCGUGGUUCAGGCCAAAGUGAAGAAGGUCAAGUAUGAUGGAGGAGCUGAGACAGAUCCACACUGGAGUCCAGAGAGCAGGAAGAUGAUUGAGUCUCUGGGAAAACUGGCCUUUGAUCAGCUGCAGAAUGGAAAACUGAUCUUCUAUGAAUCAGACCUGACAGAGUGUGGCAUUGAUAUCAGAGCAGCCUCAGUGUACUCAGGAGUGUUCACACAGAUCUUUAAAGAGGAGAGAGGACUGUACCGGGACAAGGUGUUCUGCUUCAUCCAUCUGAGUGUUCAGGAGUUUCUGGCUGCUCUUCAUGUCCAUCUGACUUUCAUCGACUCUGGACUCAAUCUGCUGGAAGAACAACAAACAACCUCCCAGAAGUCUGAAACAAGAGAAUCUGCAGAGAAACACUUCUACCAGAGUGCUGUUGACAAGGCCUUACAGAGUACAAAUGGACACCUGGACUUGUUCCUGCGCUUCCUCCUUGGUCUUUCACUGCAGACCAAUCAGACUCUCCUACAAGGUCUGCUUACACUGGCAAGAAGUAGCUCACAGACCAAUCAGAAAACAGUUGACUACAUCAAGGAGAAGCUCAGUGAGAAUCUGUCUGCAGAGAAAAGCAUCAAUCUGUUCCACUGUCUAAAUGAACUGAAUGAUUGUUCUCUAGUGGAGGAAAUCCAACAGUCCCUGAGAUCAGGAAGUCUCUCCGCAGAUGAACUUUCUCCUGCUCAGUGGUCAGCUCUGGUCUUCAUCUUACUGUCAUCAGAAAAAGAUCUGGAUGUGUUUGACCUGAAGAAAUACUCUCCUUCAGAGGAAGCUCUUUUUAGGCUGCUCCCAUUGGUCAAAGCCUCUAACAAAGCUCUACUGUCUGGCUGUAACCUUUUGGAGAGAAGCUGUGAAGCGCUGUCCUCAGUUCUCAGUUCAAUGAGAAUGGUGGACCUGAGUAACAACAACCUGCGGGAUUCAGGCGUUAAGCUUCUGUCUGUUGGACUAAAGAGUCCACACUGUACACUGGAAGCUCUCAGGCUGUCAGGCUGUCUGAUCACAGAGGAAGGCUGUACUUCUCUAACUUCAGCGCUGAGCUCCAACCCCUCCCAUCUGAGAGAGCUGGACCUGAGCUACAAUCAUCCAGGACCCUCAGGAAUGAAGCUGCUGUUGGCUGGACUAAAGGAUCCAAGCUGGAGACUGGACACUCUUAGAGUGGAGCCUGCUGGAGAACAAUGGCUGACACCAGGUCUGAGGAAGUAUUCCUGUCAACUCACAAUCGACACAAACACAGUUCACACAAACCUCCAGCUGUCUGACAACAACAGCCAGGUGACAUAUGUGGAGGAGGUUCAGUCGUAUCCUGAUCAUCCAGACAGAUUUGAUAUUUGCCCUCAGCUGCUUUGCAGAAAUGGUCUGACUGGUUGCUGUUACUGGGAGGUUGAGUGGAGAGGAAAUGUUCGCAUGUCUGUGAGUUAUAGAAGAACCAGAAGGAAAGGAGAGAGUCCUGACUGUGUGUUUGGAUGGAAUGAUCAGUCCUGGAGUUUGUGGUGCUCCAAUUAUAUUCCUCUUUGUGUCUGGCACAAUAACAUAAAAACAUCCAUCUCCAUCUCCUCCUCCUCCUCCUCCUCCUCCUCCUCCUCCUCCUCCUCUGUCUCUAACAGAGUAGCAGUGUAUGUGGACUGUCCUGCUGGCACUCUAUCCUUCUACAGAGUCUCCUCUGACACUCUGAUCCACCUCCACACCUUCAAUACCACAUUCAAUGAAACUCUUUAUCCUGGGUUUACAGUCUGGUCUGGUUCGUCAGUGACUCUGUGCCGGUUUGAGUGUAAAGAGCAUCCUCCUGUUAGAGAAACAGUCUGACUGUUGAACAGACUGUUGUUCAAUCUGUACAUAUCAGUCUCUUUUACUCAGUAACACGUUUUCAGAUUCAUGGAUUCAAUCAGUUCUUAAAAAGUUCUUUUAAACUGUUCUAAACGAUUCCUUGGAAACUUCUUCCUCUUCAGUCCUUAAAAAAUGGAAGCUACCAUUAUUCCAGGGUCCAGAUGUUUUUUUCUUUCUUUUUUCACUCAAAGCAUGGAAUUUACAGUGUCGCUCAUGCUGUGGUUAUUUGAGUCAUUUUUGGAAGCAGGACAGGAAGGAAGGUCUGAACAGAGAAGAUAAGAACACAGUUUUUGAGAAGACAUUUGGGAGUUUCAGCGGUACACCUAAAUUUAGCACAGCAACUCUACUACAUCAUUUCUGUGACCGGAUUGUUCAAUAACAGUACAAUCAUGUUGGUUUAUGGAAAGAUGUUCCUAAAUAGAUUUCAGUCUAAGCUGCUGUGGUUAAAUUGAUGUUUUUUGUUUCAGUAGGAGUGAAAUCUUCAGCUUAUCCCCGUUUAUGAAUAGUAAAUAAAGAAUAACGCCCAGUCUUAUUAUGGUAAAUGUAAUACAAAGGUCUACAGAUGUGUAUAUUUACAUAUGAUUUUGCAAAUGAUGUUAAAAUAGUCUUUUUUUUUUUUUUUAAAUGUAAUCAAAUAAUGUAAUCUGUGUGAUGAAAAGAGCGUGCUCUUUAGACUUAGUGUUGAUUCUGAAUCAAAUAGAAAAGCCUGUACUGGUCUGGUGUCAAGAGAAGUGGAAACUCAUUAUCAACUUUCUCAAGAGAAAUCAGAGUGGUGCAAGCCUGUCAAGAGGAUGUAAAAAAUGUUGUCUGAGAAUAUUUAGUUUUUAUUUCUUGUAGUUUGGUGCAGUGAUAAGAGAUAAUAUUUGAGAAUCUAUAUUUUAACCAAAUCACUGUGGAGUUAAAAUUUGGAAAUGUAAUUGUUGUUUUUCUCUGCUCACUUGUGUGGAGUUGAUUUGAAGCCGAGAAGACUUGGAUUACUUUCAACUGAGUAACUGCUUCCAUAUGUGGGUUUGCGCUAGCAAGACUGGGAGAAGAAUGCAUUACUGGCCAGGACUUGACUCUCUCCCUACUCUCUCAACCAUCCACAGACCAGUAGAUGAAAUUGUAAUCACCAUAGGGUAGAUUAGGAAGUUUAUGGAAUUUUUUUAAAUUAAUCUGACUGUAUAAUUGAGAUCAUCUGAUUAAGCGGUUUUCUUUGUUCCUGCAACAUUGCUUAAAUAAAUAUUCCAUUUGGAUUUAAAGUCUAUAUUGUCGAAAUUCCCUUUAUGGCUCUAAUAGUACAGGUUCAAACUUCUGUUUGAGUAUUGCAUCUUUAAAUGGCUCUUUCCAAAAGAGAACCCUUUUCAUGUCUUUUUCCACUCAAAGCUUCACAUUGGAUAUCAGUAUGUAGUGUUUCUCUGAAGCUUAGUUCACAACCAGCUCCUUUGCAUUUUCAACAAGAAAUCCAGCUUCAUGUUUAUCUUUCAUCAAAGCAGAAAAUGCUGAGCUCAGCAAAUCCAUUUAUUAUG